CAGGGAUCGACACCCAUGCAGACAAGUCUCCACAAAGUCAUUGAUCUCUCCUACAUGAGACUUGUAAGAGAAAAAGGGUGAGUCACACUGACAUUAUUAAUCAUCGAAAUCUUCAUCAUCUUUCUUAUGCAAAAUUGAUGAUUGAAAAAGAAAUGUAUUUGUUUAGGUUUGUUUGUAGUCGUAUCUACUGGUCAACUCUAUCUUUAUUUUCAUUUUUCGUCUUGUUUAGAUUUCCGAUGAGUCUUUCAAGCGGGAAAUAUCACGCAAGAAGAGUCCCUUUGACAUUGGAUCUGAGAUAUCCGUGGAAGAUAGGUCAGGCAAACUACUAAUGUACUAUGCCAAGGAUGAGGUGGUCGAGCAGACGAUCUUAUCGAGAAUGAAAUCUCCCGAAGAGGCCCAUUAUUAUCAAGAAAGCGUGAAUACAGAACGUUCCUACGAAUCUAAAGUCUCUGCUGAAGCAGUUUCGGAGGGCUUCACAACACCCCAGGGUGAUCCAAACCUUGCAGAUAAGAGGGAGCAGAGUGAGCAGAAUGAAACUCAAACCCAAACUACAGAAAGCGAGGAGGAUCAUACUGAUGAUGAAGAAUAUGACUUGAUCAGUCUAGAAAAGUAUUGUAUUACUGUCAGAAUUUCGAAGCAUGAAAUUUACAGCGCAAAGGACAUCACCGUGGAAGUGAUUGAAGACGUCCCACCUGAGCUAAAGCUGAAGGAGACAGAAGCCAUCAUUUCGGUUGGAUUGAAGAUGUCGCCUUCCGAUGCAAUCUUUGACAGUCCUGUGAUAGUAACAAUGUCCCAUUGUGGUGCUUUCACAAAGCCAAGGGGUUCAGAAGUCUACAUCUAUCAUCGCAAGAACGAUUCUGCACAGUUUACUGCGAUUCGUUCUACCGGCACGAGUAGCCCAAGAUGUGUUCUGAGAGACCGCGAUCUAGAUAUGUACCUCAACCACUUCUCAGAGUUUUGGAUUGUUGCUAUACUAAGACGGACAUUUAUUGGCAAACGUGUUAUUUGUACACCAAUCAUUCCUGUCCCAGCACCUAGAAAUCGCAUGCCCAUUUUGUGGGUCAAUGUCAGGGACCAAAACGUUGCAGAAGGACAGGUUAGUCUUGAUAUUAAAAUGCUUACAACAAAAAAUUCUCAAUUACAUUAUUCCCAGAACAGACACCUUCUAAUUGUACGGAUGAGAUAUUAUGAACAAUGGGGAAGGAGUGGUGAAAUGCGUGUUAACUUGCACUUUUGACAUAGCCAAUUAAGGUAUCUAAAUUUAUACAUACAUAAUGUUAAACAUGCAACAAAAAUGCAAAUUAAGAUUAAGUAAAGGCGUUAAUUCGUUUAUGUUAAAAGUUAAGGUCCCCUCACACCUAACCGAAUUUCCUGAAAUAUGCCUUGCGAUGGCUGGCGAAAGUCAUUUUUUACAAAAUCGUUUUCAAUGGUAACUAAUGGUAAAUCAUAUUUACCCUUCUUGUUAUCGUUCAUGUGUUUUUGGCGCAUAGUCCCUCUUCGCGCUUUUGCCAAAGUGGACCGAUCUCGAAAGAACCCGUAACGAAGCAACACGAUGACAAAACGAACAAAAUUGCCUGAUCUAUUCCCUCGUCUUCAUUUCUCAUCGCACGCCAUAUCAAACCAUUGGCGACUGUUUAUUCGUCCUAUUGGGUUAUAUCAACCCUUCGCUCACCUUCGGCCGCAAUUUUCUCAAAGAUGUCAACCGAAAAAUCGAUAUCCUUCGCAUGUCAUAUUUAUCAUUCGCUUACCGUUCGUUGAUAAAAUUUGACAAUAGUUACUGAUCGCAUGAUCUGAAGGAAAUUUUAUUUGAAUUUCGUUGAAUCCGCGUGUAUUUCGUUUAGAUUUCCCUUUCGUCACCUUUCGUCCACCUACAUUCGGUCAGGUGUGAGGGGGCUUUAAAGCUAACUCGCAACGGCAACAAUUAUUUUAUGAGCAAGUCCUUACAGUCAGGAUUAGUUGUCGUCACUUCGUCGUAGAUCCAGAUAUAGUAAAUUUGAAGAAAAAAACACCUUUUUAUUAAAUCAUAAUAUCAAAGGUUACGAAAAAUUGAAAAUCGCCAAGAAACAAGUAUAUGUGGGAAAGUGUAUGCAUGGAUUGAUCAGCGGUCUCUUCAAGAAAAGCUAUAAUGAUGAGAAAGCUGUUAGUCCAUGGGAUAUAUCCUGGAUAGCAGAAAAAAGAAAAAAAAAGUCAUUCGACAAGAGUACAAAAAUCUAAUUGUAGCACAUUAUGUCAGGCUGUUCCUUGUUUUCAGAUUUCAGAUAUGGCGUUAUCAUUGUGAAAUAUAAGAAUUCCCCUGCUAAAUAAUAGCGACUAACUACCCAACUAUAGUAUACUUGAACAAUUUUUUUUACUUUCUUUGGUCACCUUAAUAUAUUGGAAUGCAGUGUGGUAUAUUUCUGAAUAAAGCAAUUAUUGCAAUGUUAACCAAUGUUAAACAUAAUAAUUAUGUUGCCAUUAGUAUUAGUACACGAAAGGUAUAGUAUCUUUCCCUGCUCUUGUAAUGAAAUCAGACACUCUUAAAAAAGAAUUGGUCCAAGCAAGCAAUCUGUAUUAUGCGUCCGACCUAAAAUUCUUGUAGAUUUUAAUCAAUGGUACGUUUUGACUAUUUUUUUCCGUCAGACACAUGCAUAUUAACCAACAGAUUGGUUCGUUGGGCGGUUACUUUUUAAGAGUGAUUUCAAAUGAAAAAUAGUAUCUCCUUGGCCAUUACCAAUCAUGAGAGGUGCAAGUAUCUUGCCCUGUCGGACUCUGUUUUAGAUUACUUCCGAGCCCGUUUCUGCAUGUAAAACAGUUCUGUUUAUGUUAUUCAAAUAUUUUGGCAAUUAAAGCAAGUGAUCCAUCAUAGUUUGCACAACUUUGUUCUACUUGCUUAUAGUUUUCUUCAUAAACCCCUCUUACUAUUUUCGCCACUUUCUCCUGAAAUUCAAGUAAUAAUACGUCUUUUCUGCCUUGGCAUUUUUAUUUUGCUUUUUAAAGAUCCCAAAAGGCUAUGAGAACCCGAUUGGUGGGGAGCAGUUCUUAGUCAGGUGGAGGUCAGGGGAAUUAAAAGUUACUUGUAAGGAAAGUACCUCGAAAGACAAGGCCAAGGUAAAGUAACUUUCAUGGUUCUGGUGAAAACAAUUACUAGUGUCAUAGAAUUUAUCCCAAAUGUGAAGUAAAGUACAACAAACAAGUCAUUUACUGAUCUUUGUAGUGAUCCUUAAUUGAUUUGAACAGCGCGUAUUUGUAUGCCGGUCAAUAUUACAUAAUUAUUAUUUAGAUGUAGUGUUUUAGAGGUGCAUAUAUUUUUUGACGUCUUGCGAGGUUGUUUCGAGGAGACAAAAUAUUGAAA